CUCUCUGUCUCUGCCUCACAGCCUGACUACCUCGGGUUCCUCUCGCAACCAGUAACCGACCGUGCUUCACGCGUGCCUGCAGCCAGCAUCGGCUGCACCCUGGCGUUUCCCACGGCCUUUCUUCAGGAAUUAUGACGACUGACACGCUUCUGACUUUUCCCGCGGCCUUUCUGCCACGGUGGAUUAUGAGUCAUCAUGGCACAGUAAUGACACACCUUUCUGACUUUUCCCACGGCGUUACUGCGGAAAUGACGCCGUUCGAACCUCCCUGACGACCCUGACGCUUCACACGGCGUUCUAUGCAGCGAAGAUGUCUUGAAUGCCUUCGGUUCGUCCCGUUUCGACGCAGCACGCCUUUCAGGCGCGUCGCAGUUCUCCUCGCUGCUACGAUGCUCGAAGGAGAUCGCUAUUCCUCGCGAUGCGGACUCUUUCCGCGGAAGGAGUUUCCGUUUCCUCGUUAUAGUUUCAGCAGAGGUGCAGACGGUCCUCGUGGAUUCACAGCUCGUAUUGUACGAGAGUUCGGAGCCAGGAGAUUCCUAGAAUUGAUUUUUUUAGGCGCCUCAAAAAUGGUUCUUUUUUAGUUUGGAGCCAGGGGAUUCCUGGAGUUGCAGGCUCAGUCUUUAGAAUUCUCAAAACGGGUUGGAACCUGGUGAUUCCUAGCGUUGCAGGUUUUUUUCUGGGUCGGAGCCAGGGGAUUCCAAGCAAAUUCCACACGAGAGCCUGGAAUCUUCUCCUGAGCCUGGAAUCACCUCCUGCGCCUGGAAUCACCUCCUGCGCCUGGAAUCCUCUGCUGAGCCUGGAAUCUUCUGCCAGCACGAGAAUCUCCCAGCAUUUAAUAUUCCACAUUAAAUGCCGUGCAGACCAGAGGCUCCUAUUCUGUAUUGAAGACCUCGAUAGUGAAGCAGCAGCUAAACGGAAAUAUGGUCCUGUUCCUCCUGCCGGCUAUCCGACCGCUCGGUUUCAGCGUGCUUCUUCUAGGCCUCCUUUGGAGGUCAUGCCAUGUCGCAGCAGUGGGAGAGUCCCAAAUGCCCGAUCCAUCGUUACAUCCGGCCGUUCUGGCUAAAUCUACGACUCCCGGAACCAUUAUUCCGACAUCUGUUGGAAAAUCUCCUGAAACAUCUCCUGGCGAAACGCCUGUCGAACGCCUGGUACUUCACCCUGUUUCGAAGCCAGAAUCUGGAUCCACUGCCGUCCUGCUUCCGUAUCUUUCAGUUGCAGCGCAAGGUUGGGCGAGGCUGGUGGGCAAGCGGUGGCUGUAUGGCAGAUUGUUGGGUUCUUGGAGAAAAAAACUGGCUCGUUCGGCAAAGAGCAGCGAAAUGGGCUGGUACAGGUGGUUACCAGGGGAAAAACUCGUGGCCGGAGGAAGGAGCAUGAGGAGGGGCGGGAUGAGUGAGGUGGAGGUUUGGAGGGGAGAGAGGAGCAGGGGUGUAGAGGCGAGGGGGGGAGGUGUAAAGGCGAGGUUAGAGCGAGUAGGUCAAAUGUGGAGCAAGAGAGGGGGGGUGAGGCGGAGGAGGGUGCUGGAAUCACCUGCAGCGGCGUGUGGGGAGGGCGGGGGAACAGCCAUAAGGAGAGACGCGAGGGGCGAGAGGAGGGUGAUUGAGGCGUGGAGGCCUGUCAAGGGACGGUACCUGCUGGCGCUGUGCACCUAUGGGCGACUAUCCAACCAGGAAGCGUGUUUGCACAUGUACCUGGCGUUGGCAGCGCUCUUGAACCGAACACUGGUCAUCCCGCGGCACGGCUACGCCAUAUCAGUUGUGGCAGAGUACCGCUGGCAGUGGGGGGUCAUUGUGAACGUCCCCCACAUGCGCUCCUGCCUCAUGCCACAUUAUCCGUCCCCUGAGCCUGCUGCCACUGCUGCUGCUGCGAGUAAUGCUGCCAUUACUGCUUCUGGUGGUGGCGCCGUUGCUGCUGCUGCUGCAUCUGGCAAUAGCAAUGACGGCACCAGUAGCAGCAGCAGCAGUGAUAAUAACGAGUGGAGCUGGCAGGCGGCCAGUGGGGAGGUGCCAACUGUGAUAAGCCAGGACGAGUACGAGGCAUUGGAGGGGCGCAACUUGACUGUGGACCGCAUAGCGUGUGUUGUGCCGCACACAUGCCUCAGCCACCCGCAGAUGGUUUUCAAGGCCCUAUCAGACAUCUCCUUUUCCUCGCACCUAGAGUACCCCCCGUUACACUCACACCAAUUAGACGAGCUGCAGCAGGUGCUCGCCAGCCCAGAUGCGGCCCUGCACCCCCUGCCGGGCCUGCGCCAAUCCCAAGAGCCUCUAGACCCCCAAGGGAAGCAGGAACCACUGGCUGCGCCUGCCCUUGCUUCCGCCUCGGCUGCUGCUUCUGCUGCUCAGUCUGAGUCAGACCUAACCGUUCUGCAAGCACCGGGAGAAGCGCCUCCUUUCCUCACCAACAGCAGCAGCAGCAGCAGCAGUGGCACCAGCAGUGCUGGCAGUGGCAUCUAUGCCUCCACCGCCAUGCUAUCCCUGGGCGAUCUCAACGGCCUCACUCUCUCCAGCCUGCCAUUUGACAUGUUCAGCCCGCACCCCCCCUUCCGCCUCUCCUGUGUGGACCUCUGGCAGCCGCCCCCACCCGUGGAGGGCUUCGUGACUGGCUUUAUCGAUACAUUUCUAGGAGGGGACUAUGCGGCCGUGCACCUGAGAAGUGGCCGUGGGCAGAUUCAUCAUGAGGCGGCUGGCCAAUCACAACGUGACAGCUGUCUAUCUCGCCACGGACGCCAGCCCAUACGAAGUGGAGUUGCUGGAGCGGCUUCUCAUUGGCAUGGCUCCUGGCAGUCCCCUCAUUGUGGUGCGUCUGCCCACCUUUGGCUCUAACUCCGAUGAAUACCAGCGCUUCCCGUGGGUAAAGACGUUUCAUGAAGCCGAGAGGGACAUGGAGGGGGGGACGAACACCAACGGCAUUGCGAGGGCGCUCGCAGAGAAGCACAUAUGCGCAAGGGCGAAACACUUUAUUGGCACCCCUUACUCUUCCUACUCCAAGGAUAUAUUUCGCAUGCGAGAAGUGCAAGGCUUGGCAUCAUGUGCAGAUGCUUAUAUCGAAGCAGAGUGAUACAAGAUGCGUACAAAAAGUACAAUCAGUAGAUAUGAUUCGUAAAUGGUUCACGUUUGCAGACUACUCAGUGUUGCGGGGCUGGUCUCGCAACGCGUAUUUUUUUCAUUACACCUGGCUGGUUUUUUUCUGGCCUUUGCUUGACAUGCGGCGUGUGCAACGCCGGCCGGCAGAUUCGGCAAGCGUGAACGUGAAGGUGACAGUCGCGCCGAUUUCCUGCUUGCUAAACAGCACCAAAACCGGCAGCACCUGAGAUCGCAAUUCGUGAUUCGCGAUUCGAAACAAGACAUUACCUGUGGCCUCGGUAAUCAAAACCUCAGGUUAUUCCGAACCGGAGUCAUUCCUCCCCGCGGAUCUCCCACACAAUUAGUUUGUUCACUGCCUCUUCCCGCCAAUGCCUAGCACAGAGACAGACAACAUUCUUCGCGCCAACGCACUACGGCGGCUUUUCCUCUCAGCCAUUUCCCAACAGCGGAUCCCACGCCGUCGCAUCAUGCCGCGUCGCAGAUACAAUGCCGCGUCGAGUCGCCCCCAUGAGUCGAUAAAAAGCCCAACCUCCUCUUCCAGUCGUGCAUAAAUUUUUACUCCAAUCGAGCCUCUUUCGUUUCCUCCUAAAGGUCCCGAGCACCCUCUACCAGUGGUACGUGUAGUGCUAUCCAGUUCGACCCCUCCCCUCCCAAGAAACCAUCAUGGCUAAGUCGUCACAGCGAAUCGCCUUCGCUCUCGCCGCGCUGCUCUCACUCGUCUCCUGCGCGUCCGCCGCCCGCCACCUUCUCCAAACCGGCAUCAGCGUAGACACGCGAUACAAAGCCACGUCAACGCCCACGAGAUUCGUCGCUUUGAACGGCACGUCCACCACAACUACUACCUCGGUUUCUGGUGCUAACAGCACUUCCACCACCACCAGCAGCACUGACCUUUUCGGCAAUUUCACUGUGGACAUCAACAUCACGGCUACCCAACAGAGCUCCUUCUUCCUGUUCCGCGUCAGCAAAGUGAUCUCCUCUACCCCAAACUUCACCACUCCCGGCUACUACACUAAUAGCAACAGCUCCCUGGUGGCUGACUUCCCAUGCACUUUCAAGGCUGCUGGAACCUUCGGCAGCUAUGCCUGCAACGUUUCAGAGACCGUGUCGCUUGAAGUCGCAUACCAGCCGGUUAACAAGGUCAAGGCUCUACUCGAUGCUGGGUUCUUCUCAAACCCCAAGGGUUUCUAUUCCUCGGUCAAAGUGAACGGUGUGGAGCUUAGAGGAGCCAUUGCGGCUUCUGAAGCCACAAUGUGAUGUAGCAAUAGAACCAGGAGCUUUUGAGCUAGGCCUGCAGGAACAAGCUUUUGUGCAACAAAACUUAUAAUGCCCUUCUAAGUCGCGUCUUAAAUCUGCCAUGGUUGUGCCUUGUUUUGUUUAACGCUUGUUAUUUUAGUCCAUGUUGCU